AGCGGAGACGGAUUUAUAGUUUUACAGUCAUUUGUUAAAAGUGUGGGACUGAUAAAGCGGAGAUGGGCCAAGCUCAAAGUGCUGUAGCUGCGGCUGCCGCCAUUAACGAUCAAGCUCGAACCCAGCCUUCCUCUUCUUUCGCUUCCAUGGAUUCUAUUAUUGCAGAAGCUGCGGCAUAUGGCAGCGAUGAGAAUCUGUCUCUUGAUGCGCAGGCGCAGAAAGCAUUAGAUUGCCCUUGUGUAGCUGAGCUGCGGAAUGGCGCUUGCGGGACUCAAUUUACAGAGGCUUUCCUUUGUUUUCUCAAAAGCACUGCUGAAGAAAAGGGUUCGGAUUGCGUGCAUCCCUUUGUAGCCUUGCAAACCUGCAUCAAAGGUAACCCCGAUGCAUUUCCUAAAAACAUCAUUGAAGAUAAAGAAGUCAAGAAAGAAGAACCAAUCCAAGAAUAUAAAAUCUAUCCUCCUAUAUGGUUCAAGGAAUCUCACAAACCAAAACGAAAACCAAAGCUGUAGGACAACAGUUCAUUCUUAUACAUUUUCAUUGCCUAUGCUAUUUUUGAUUGAUAAUUGUAGCAUUUUAGUUCUUGUUUAUGAAAAGAUUUGUGUCAUCUGUGAAUAGAGAGAGUUAAAGAUGACCAAAUUUGGUUGCUCACUUAGAUCAUUUGAAAAAGGAUCUUUAUUGAAAUAAAAAUCAAACUUUUAUUGCACAAA